CUUUCAACACACCCAUAAGUCAUGAGCUUUAUAUGGCUUCUUUGUGUUGCCCAAAAAAAGGCAAACGCGACCUCUCACAAAAUCGAACAACAAUCACAUUACAUUUUUUUAUUAAUCCAUUUUAUUUUUAUAAUCAAAAAAAAAAAAAGAAUAAAGAAAAAUUUCUCGAAAAAAUAAAAUUCUCAUCCCUUGGUUGAUCAUUUGCAGUCUUCCAAGCUUCUUCCCCAAUUCCAUCACAGUCAACACCGCAAUCGUCGCCGCAAUUCUCUCUCCGAUGGCUCGGCGAUCAGCCCCAACUCUCCUGAAACGCCUCAUCGACACCUCUUCCGGCCUAAACCCUAACCCUAACCCUAACCUCACGAAACCUUGGCUGUCACACUCAAGAUCCGUCACCUACAUGCCCAGACCCGGCGACGGUGCUCCACGUAAGGUGACCUUAAUUCCCGGUGACGGCAUCGGACCUCUGGUGACAGGCGCCGUUGAGCAAGUAAUGGAGGCUAUGCACGCGCCGGUGUACUUCGAGAAGCACGAGGUACGAGGUAACAUGAAGAAGAUUCCAGAAGAAGUUCUGGAUUCGAUUCGGAAGAAUAAGAUUUGUUUGAAGGGUGGUUUGGCGACCCCAGUUGGUGGUGGUGUGAGUUCGUUGAAUAUGCAAUUGAGGAAGGAGCUUGAUUUGUAUGCUUCUUUGGUUAAUUGCUUUAAUCUUAAAGGAUUACCGACUAGACAUCAGAAUGUGGAUAUUGUUGUUAUUAGGGAGAAUACUGAAGGGGAGUAUUCUGGGCUUGAGCAUGAGGUUGUGCCUGGCGUCGUCGAGAGUCUUAAGGUGAUAACAAAGUUUUGUUCGGAGCGCAUUGCAAAAUAUGCAUUCGAAUAUGCAUAUCUCAAUAAUAGAAAGACGGUGACAGCUGUGCACAAAGCUAACAUUAUGAAGCUUGCAGAUGGUCUUUUCUUAGAAUCCUGUCGAAAAGUUGCAAGCAAAUACCCUGGAAUCAAGUAUAAUGAGAUAAUUGUGGACAAUUGCUGCAUGCAACUCGUAUCUAAGCCUGAACAAUUUGAUGUGAUGGUGACGCCGAAUCUGUAUGGGAAUCUUGUGGCAAAUACAGCAGCUGGUAUAGCUGGUGGUACUGGAGUAAUGCCUGGAGGUAAUGUGGGAGCAGAUAAUGCUGUGUUUGAGCAAGGUGCUUCAGCAGGAAAUGUUGGCAGUGAUGAAAUAUUAAAAGAAAAGAAAGCCAACCCGGUAGCUCUUCUGCUCUCAUCUGCAAUGAUGUUGAGACAUCUCCAGUUUCCCUCAUUUGCUGAUCGAUUGGAAACCGCUGUGAAAAGAGUGAUAGCAGAGGGCCAAUAUCGAACUCCAGAUCUUGGAGGUGACAGCACCACCCAGGAGGUGGUUGAUGCAAUCAAAAAAUAUCUGGACUGAAGUCAUGCUUACCAGUUUUUGACUGUGAAGCCUGUUGACAGGCCUAACCUUUUUGGGUAUCUGCUUGCAGAAUAAUCCAUACCAUCAAGAUCUUCUUGUAAUUGGCAAAUACUUUGGUUUUAAAUAAUAUAUGAUUCAAGAUAAAGAAUCAUAAGAUUGAAAGACGUCGAGCAUUUUGAGGAUAUAGGAAAUUUUAUCAGUUCAAGAAAAAGCUGAUUAUAGCUUCCUGCACUCUAUUGGCUUGCACUGAAGAUGUGGAAGGACCAUAGGAGACUGGAAAUUGAUGUAUAUUCUUUUGUAAUUGUUUAAAUGAUAGCUAAGCGCUGAAGGCUCUGAGAUUUCUGUCAUGUUGAUUAUUGUGCCUAUAUUUAUAUCAGUAAUGCUGAUGAAACUAGAGAAAUCACUUGCAGAUAAUAUUCAGCAGGUUCAAAUUAAUAAUACUGCAGUUUUGCUUGUUGUGUAUCA